GAUGGAUCUCCGAGAACCUCGCGUUCGAGUCUUAUUACUCAUCGCUGGUAUUAUUGCUCUCAGCAUGGCAGGCAUUUAUGGGGCGAGCUCAGGGUGCUUCUCAGGGGCAGAGCAUGAGCCAGUUCACCCCAUGCCAAUGCGAAGGAGCAAUCCUCAUGAGGCUUACAAACCGGAACAUCUUGUACGUCUCGAGAGCUCAGUUUGUACCCUCAUGGGGGCGUACGACCCAUUAUUGAUAAAAAGGAAAAAACCCUAAUUUUCCAGACAUACUCAAAUCAUACCGAUUCAGGCCUCUCCCACAACAAAAGGUGAUCCCGAAUCCGUCUGCUUUGUUUCUCGCAGAGUUGCACGGCGAGGAUCUCGUAUUUAUCUGCUUCGUCUGUCGUAUGCAUAAGAUCCGACAGUUGUCUUCUUCUUCUCUCACACGCAGACGAUCCAACAAUAGAAGAUCCUAGAGCUGCUUCAUCUCUCCCGCAAAGCGUAUGCUUCGUCUCUCCUAUAGUCGAAUUUUUUUUGCUGAAAAGUUUAGGGAAUUGGUUGGAGAAGAAGUUUCAUCCAAAAGUGGCAAAUUCACAUUUUUGAACUGCUUUGAUAUGGGCUCUGGUACCUUUUCAUGUAUUGGAAAAGAAGGAAUUAAGCUCUACGUCUACAACCUUCGAAGUAAACAUGUUGAAAAUGUAAGACAACAGGCGAUUGAAGUUGCUUUAACUAAUGCACUACAAGAAGGGCUAAGUGCCAGUGAUGCAGCGAAGCAGGCACAGAAGUCAGGUCAGAAAGCUGCAAAGUUAGCUUCACGGCAAGCCAAACGUAUCGUAGGUCCUAUUCUAUCCUCUGCCUGGGAUUUCUUUGAAGCUGUGUAUUAUGGUGGCACUAUGAUGGAAGGAGUUCUUAGAGGGGUUGGCACCUUGUUUGGGACAUACGCAGGUGGCUAUCAUGGUGAAGAAAUUUUUGGAAAGUUGGGUUACCUGCUUGGAAGCCACUUGGGUAGUUGGGUUGGAGGGAGAAUAGGCUUGAUGGUUUAUGAUGUGUGCAACGGGGUUGCUCUCAUUCUUCAGUUUUUCACAUUUGAAGGAACUACUAGUAGUGAUCUUAGUGCCAAUGAAGAUGAUGUUAAAGAUUCAUACAUCAAUGAACAGAGCACUGAUUUCGAAGAUGCAUCCGCUGUUGAUCAGAACCCCGAAUCAUUCCGUGAGGACAGUGAGUACCGUGAAAUUUCUAAUGAGAACUCUGAGGACUCCAAUGGCUGGGGAUUCCUUUCCGGAAGAUAACACAGAUAGAAGAAACAUUUAUUUUUAACCGUUGAAGCUGAGCCCUAAGAUGCUAGAUUGCUAAAUUCUGGUUAUUUGUCUGUUAGGAAAUGGGAAGAUUUAGCAGAUUCAUGGGUAUCGUUAUUUGAGACAGUUAAUUCACCGUCCAGAGUGAUAUGAGCACUUUUUGUCCUUUUUUCUGCAUCAAUUGCUUGCAAUCUUAGCGUUACACCGGAAGUUUUUCAGCACUGCCAUUAAACAUAUAGUAGAUUGCAAUCUUUGAUAAUUUACUACCCAUGGUGAAAUAAUUGGAAUUUUCUUGGUAUUUUAUAGACGAGAGGUUAAUUUUAAGCUGUUUACAAAAUUUUUAGUUUGUUUUUAGUGCUGAGAAAAAUAGUUGGAGAGCUGAGAUGAAUAGUGAUUACUUUGACUGCUCUCUGUUCAUAAUUCAUUUUGAUGUUUGACUAGGUUGUCUUUGA